AGUCGGGUCAAACUUCCCCUACGCCCCCCACCAACUAGGACUACGUGCCGUUGUUUCUCCCACAGGCAGACAGUCGAACGUCGUGUUUCGCGGUAGUCGUUGUGUACGUCGAGAGCGCGUCUGAUUAUCUGGAUUUAAAUCUAAACACUUUUUUGGGAUUAUUAUGCUUUUUAAGUGGAUAGUGCACAAUUAAAUCGAUCUUCUUUAUGUUUACCCACAAAUGCUGGGUUAUACUUCCUACAGGGAUUGGACAGGACCGGGUGCUGGGGCCCAACAACAGUUGUCGGUCGUGACCACGGUGUGGGGAGUGAGUACCACGACGCAGUCGGGCCCCCACGGGGGCGCCUACACGGGCGGCCCGACGCCCACAGCGAACUCCAACUAUAUAGGAGGACAAGGAAAAGUGCAACAAGGCGCUUACCAAGGAGGAUACAGACAAGUCGUACCCCCAGGUAUCGGCGGUUAUGGUUCAAAUAAUGUUAUGAAUGGCGGGGAUCAAGGUUACGGGAACGGAAACGCGUUGAGUACGGCAGCUAUGGUAGCCGCCGCCGCCACGGCCACGGCGACCGCCACCGCCAGCGUAGUCGCCUUACAAGAUAAUUCGCAAUUCAACAACCAGCAAUACCAACAGAAUUACCAACAACGCAUGAUGGGCAUGAACGGAAUGAAUCAAUUCCAAAAUAUGAACAUGGGAGGCAUCCACAACAACAUGAUGACAAAUAUGGGACCUAAAAUGGGAAUGCAGGGUCCAGGUCCCGGACCUAAUGCCACUUCGAUGUAUCCCAGACGGAUGACGCCGUAUCCUUCGCCGGCGGCGAUGCACAUGACGCAAAAAAGGGCGACGCCGCAAACUUAUUCCAAUAAUUGCCCGACGAUGAAUCCCAACAUCGCCGCCGGUAUGAAUCCCAAUUUCAACCCGAACGGUCAAUACCCUUACAACAGCGCGCGGCAGCCCAAUUUCAAUCAAUACCCGUCGCAACAAACCCUCGGACCGUCGAACAACUUCGGUCCGGGUAACAUGAUGUCGAUGGGUAAUCCGAGGCAGCUGCGGCAGGCGACGCCGCCCUACACUAACCAAGGACAGUAUUUCAAUAACGGUACCAUCGGUCAAUUCCCUUCGAGCAAUUCUGGUCAGUACAACAUGAACGGCGCCGGAGCCGGUUCUAAUACUCAAUACGGUAACACGAAUUCGGCGCAGUUUCAACAAGACGUAUCGAUGAGGAACAACAUGAGUUACCAACAUAGUCCCAUUCCUGGUAAUCCCACGCCGCCUCUGACGCCCGCCAGCAGUAUGCCGCCGUACAUUAGCCCCAAUCCGGACGUUAAGCCCAAUUUUAACGACCUCAAACCACCGUUGCCGGUACCAAACGACGAGCUACGAUUGACUUUCCCCGUAAGAGACGGCAUCAUACUACCCCCCUUCAGAUUGGAACAUAAUUUGGCGGUGAGUAAUCACGUAUUCCAAUUAAAACCGACCGUACAUCAAACUCUGAUGUGGCGACAAGACCUGGAAUUGCAAUUGAAGUGUUUCCAUCACGAAGACCGACAGAUGAACACCAAUUGGCCGGCGUCGGUGCAAGUUUCGGUGAACGCCACGCCCCUGAUGAUCGAUAGAGGCGAAAACAAAACUUCCCACAAGCCCCUGUAUCUGAAAGACGUCUGCCAACCCGGUAGGAACACCAUACAGAUCACGGUGUCCGCUUGUUGUUGCUCGCAUUUGUUCGUCCUUCAAUUGGUUCACCGACCCAGCGUUCGAUCCGUGCUGCAAGGUUUGCUCAGGAAACGUCUCCUUACCGCGGAUCAUUGCAUAGCGAAGAUCAAGAGGAAUUUCAACAAUACCGGCAGUUCGAACGGCGCCGGUACCGGCGAUAGAGACGCCGUCGAACAGACCGCGUUGAAGGUUUCGGUCAAAUGUCCCAUCACUUUCAAGAGGAUCACUUUACCUGCCAGGGGACACGAAUGCAAACAUAUUCAGUGCUUCGAUUUGGAAUCGUAUCUGCAGUUGAAUUGCGAAAGGGGAGCUUGGAGGUGUCCCGUUUGCAACAAACCGGCCCAAUUGGAGGGUUUGGAAGUGGAUCAGUACAUGUGGGGUAUUUUGAACACGUUGAACACCUCGGACGUCGAAGAAGUCACAAUAGACAGUUCGGCGAACUGGAAAGCUGCCAAAGGAAACGUCCCCGGAAUCAAAAUGGAAGACGAAGGUACGGACUCCUGCAGCGGCGGUAAACGUAAUAAGGCCAUGUCGCCCGGCAGCAUGACAUUACCGACGAUGAACAAUUGGGAUAUGCAGGCGAUGUCGCCCUAUUUACCGCCAGAUAUGAACAGCAUCGCCAGCGGAUCGAUGAUGAACGGCGGCCCGCCCUCUUACAACAAUUCCUAUUCUAAUAGUAACGAUUAUUUGGGCGCCAACGGCCCUUUGUCCCAUCUAAGCGAAUCCGUCAAUUCCCUUGAUCCCCUCAACGCCAUGGAGAAGAGUCUCAACGAACAGAUGCCUCACACACCUCACACUCCUCAUACGCCACACACGCCGCACACUCCCGGAGGAGGUACGCCGGGAUCGGCGCACACCCCCGGAGGCGGUACCGGUCCGCCGAGCGUACCUCCUGCGACGUCGGACGCUCACAACACAAGUAACGGUUCCAAUAACGGAAAUCCGGCUUCGGUACCUGGCACCAAUACCGACACCUCAGUACCGGACAUCCCUUCGGAUCUUAAUUUCGAUCCGGCGGCCGUCAUCGACGGUGAAGGCACCGGACAAGAAGCCCUUAACUUAUUACCGGAUAGCGUGGAUCCCAUGGAACUUUUAUCCUAUUUGGAUCCUCCGGAUUUGAAUACGCCGCCAUCUAGCGGCAGCAGUUCCGGUCCGGCGAAUACGUCGACUAACGACGACAUAUUGGCCUUGUUCGAAUGAGCCUACAAUCGUGUAUUUUUCUCUCUACCCCCGUAUUUCUCUCACCGCGCUUCGAGACUAUACAGUGUGAGUGAAAAUUGUGUGAUAAACCGUUUAAAUGACGAUUUUAGGAUCGCGCGUUAAUAUUUUGAAAAAAGAAAA